AUGCUGGAUUUCCCCGCAAAGACAGGUCCGGCGCUGCUGGGCGGACUAUGUCUUCCGUCUACUUCGUUAAGCGUUUCUUCUGGAUCAUAUUCGUCCUCGUCCAUCAGAUCGUCACUGUACAGAUUCAGACGCAUGUGGCGGAUCUCAUUCUUCGGGCUCCCGAGCAAAGAGUCCGCAAAGUUGAAUGAGUCCAUGUUCAAGCCAAAAGUGGAUGCCAAACUGGCUGUGGUUUCCGGGCUGCGCGGUUCUGCUUCUGCUUCUGUUUCUGUUUCUAUUGCAGUUUCGCUUUCUGCGCCCGUCUUGCUGUCACUGUCUUUCACUGCUGGCACUGUUUCCGCUGGCGCUGUCUGGACUGGGAUCUUGCCCCACUGGGCCAAAAACGUGUCGAAUUCGUCGUAUGCGGAAACGCCCAAAAUCAUCAACACAUCCACAUGUUUGGGCACAAGAUUGAGCUCCACCUUCAGCUCGAGCGCCCGCGUUAGGCGCAGCACAAGAUCCUGCUGCUGGAAGCUCUGGUCGUCGAGCGUCCGACGGAUUUUCUGGAGCAGAAGAGCGUAG